AUGAGUUCAGUUUGUUACUACAAAGUUCUUGGAUUAACGCAAACAGCUACAGAUGAAGAAAUACGUCGUGCAUAUCGUCGGCUGGCACUUAAAUGGCAUCCAGAUAAAAACCCAACUAACUUAGAAGAGGCAGAGAAAAAGUUUAAAGAAAUCAGUGCAGCCUAUGAAGUUUUAUCAGAUCCCCAAAAACGUACUCUCUACGAUCGUCAUGGUAAAGACGGCUUAACUCGUACUAAUGUGAAAUCAUCAAAACAAAAUGGUGGAAGACGUCGACAUACAGCAUCUGGAAAUUUCUUUCAUGAAGACCUUUUUGAUACAAAUGAAUUCUUCUUUCCAUUUAAUGAUUUUGGAUUUACUUUUCGAGAUCCUGAAGAUGUUUUCCGCGAGUUUUUCAGUAAGCAUGUUCAUAUGAUGAAUGCAUUUAUGGAUACAGCUGGACUAUUUCGGUCGCAUAAUCAUUUACACGGUUUAUUUGAUCAUGACAGUUACUUUCAUGAGAAACCUAAUCGCCAUUUGCACCAUAAAACAAGUUAUGGAUCAAAUAAUGAUAGUCAAACGAAAACACAUCAUGUUGAACGUGUGCGCAAAACUAGUUGUCCUCAACCCGUACCAGUGCGUAGUUUAUCUACAAAGACAUCGUACAGUUUCAGUUAUGGUGGUAGUCGACCUGGUCAUGCACCAGUUAGAAAAGAAACAUUUCGAUCAACAUCAACAAAAAUUGAAAAUGGAAAGUGUGUCACUACACGAAAAAUAGUCCAGGAUGGUGUAGAAACUGUGGAAGUAGAGGAGGACGGUAUAUUGAAAUUGAAAACUGUCAAUGGUCGACCUGUUGCUAUUACCAAUGGCUAG